AGAGAGCAGAAUGUCUGGUUUCAGAUGGAUUCAGAUGUUAUCUACGCUGCUUCUUUUGACAGCUAUAAAUGGACAAUACUUGGCCUUCGUUGUCAGAGAUGAAGAUGAUGUCACUUUGCCUUGUGAAAAUAUGACACAAAAUCAGAAUGAGUGUGAAAAUGUAAACUGGCUCUUCAGUGGUGCAGGAAACACACCAUCAGUGGAGCUGGUUCAGCUUGGGCGGAUUGGUGAAACCUCUAAAUCAGACAGACUGAGUGUUACAGAGAAAUGUUCUCUGGGUAUAAAGAACAUCACCGGUGAGGAUGUUGGUCGUUACAGCUGCAGACAGCACGGUGAAGACGCUCAUGUUUAUCUGUCUGUUGUUAACAUGGAGGAAAGUAAGAGCAAUGAUAAGGUGACCUUGUCCUGCUCUGUGUCCACGUACGGAUGGUGCACACAGAGACUGCAGUGGCUGUUUAGCAGUAAAGAUAUCAGAGAUGUGAAGACGUCACAGUCUUACUGCUCGGCUAGCCUGACCUUUAUAGCUUCCCAUGACAAUGACACAUCAAGUUAUGGAUCGUUCACAUGUCAAGCAACCGAUAUUUUCACUGGAAAAGUGAAGCAGUUCACCUUCAGCGAUCAGUCGUCAGGUGAAAUGAGCUGUUUAAAAUCUAUGUUUAAAGGAUUAUAUAUUUCUCAUAUAGUUACUGCAAAUGAUAAACAUAAGGUUCAUACCAUAUAUUAUUGUAUUGGUUCAGGAGAGGAUGCAACAUCAUCACCACAAGACUGGUGGAGAUUUAUCAUUGUGUCUGUGGGUAUAGCAGGACUGGUAAUAACUGUUUUGACUGUCAGAAUAUGGACUAACAUUAAAGAGAACAAAACACAGAUGGAUGCAAAGAUGGUGCGCAACGAUGAAGACAAUGGUAGAGUAAUCUAUGAAAACCUGGGAGACCUUUAUGCCUCAGUCAGACUACACUGAUCAAAAACUGCAUUUUCAUUGUGCUCUUCCAGCAAGUACACACACUUGUUUGCAGCAAACGCUUAAUGCACUGCGUGGACAGAGCUCAAACGCUCAGGCUACACAUGCAAAUGUACACAAUGCAUGUAAACAUAAGCAACAAACAUUUCGGGUGACAGAGGUGGUGAUCCCAGCUUCUCAGCUAAGGAACAAAGCCUAGGCAGGUUUUUUGCUAUGAAGUUUUCCUGUGGCCGCGGGAGACCACAUGUAUUCAUGCUUUGAUUUCACCUAAGUAAAUCAAAUACAACAACAUGUGGAUUGUUUAAUUCAUCAUUUUAGAAUUGCUGUUUUAUUGAUGAGGUUUGCAGAGUAAAUGCUUUUCUGUACAUGUCAACUUUAUAUCAUUUAUUGUACUGAACAGAGAAUGUCAACUGAAAAACCAAGCAGCCAUUUUUUUCCUUGUUAAAUAAAUAUUUCAGACAAUAUUUUAAUUUUAACAUGGAGCUGAUUACUUGUUCACCCUAUGAUACUGGUUUUUAAGCUAGAUCCAGACACUGUAACGCAAUCCUAUGUCUGUUUGUUCACUCAGGCACUGCGAUACUGAAUAAUAAAAAUCACUG